AUGGACCCAAAUGACGACUCGCAGGCCACCCAACCAGCUACUCAGAAUGCCUUAGAUCCUAGGAGAUUUGGGAAGCAGAACUCGGGCUUCUCAGAUGAGGACAUAUCCGAUAUAAUAUGUUUACUCUAUCCUAAUUCCGACAGCGCCAGCCGCGAGGUUCAGAGGAUCGCGUCCUCGUCCGAAUACGCCCACCACACUGCUGGAAGGUACACCGCUGAUGCCAUAGACUCAGACCUAUACCUAGAAGACGAUGCUCAGGACUUUGGACGAACUCGAGGGAUUGGCGACCAUGCCCUCGUAAUCAAACUGUCGUCAGUUCUCAAGGAUCCGCGUCUAGGAUUUACCUUCGGUCGCAACCGAGCGCGGUGUGACCUUUGCUUUGACUAUGACCCGAGCAGAAGGCUUAGCAAUAUUCAUUUUCGCAUAUUUGCUAAUAAGUAUGGCACCGUCAUGUUAGAAGACCAAUCAACAAAUGGCACUGUCGUAGAUGGCAAAUUGCUUCGAAAGCGGGCUGAUCCACAGAAGCCAAGCCAAACCAACCCGACUAAGAGGACUCUGGAGAGUGGAUCUACCAUCAAGAUCGUCAUGCAUGACACUUCGAAGGAUCUUCUCUUUCUCGUGCGCAUUCCCCGUCGCGAUGGCGACCAUGAUGUAGCUUAUAGAAGGAAACUCGGUGCCUAUCUACGGAGAGCUCAGGGGCAGGAUGAUGAUGCCAACAGGACUAUAGGCCCCGGACCGAGUGGCCAUGUUAACCUUUUCCCACCUCCGAGGAAUAGGACCGGCACUAAAGAUGAGCCUUGGGAGACUACGCAAAGCCAUCCGCGCCUACCCCGUGAGUGGCGUGGUGGUGAGAAGUACGCGCGCGUUGGUGUCAUCGGGAAGGGGGCUUUCGCUACCGUCCACAAGGUUACUUCGAAAUAUGACGGCUCGCCAUAUGCGGCGAAAGAGCUAGACAAGCGCAAGUUUAUGAAGAAUGGCGUUCUAGAUCAGAAAGUCGAAAAUGAGAUGAAGAUUAUGCAAAAGGUUCACCACGAAAAUAUUGUCCAAUAUAUCGAGCAUUUCGAUUGGGAUGCGCACCAGUUCUUCAUCAUUAUGGAAUUUGUUCCAGGUGGUGACCUGGGAAAGUAUAUCCUGGAGCAUGGCCCGAUAGCAGAGCCUUACGUUAAAAUUAUGGCCGAACAGCUGCUUGAUGCACUUGGGUAUCUCCAUGAAAAUAAGAUUACUCAUCGCGACGUGAAGCCUGACAAUAUUUUAAUACACUCGACGAAUCCACUCGUAGUCAAAUUAACGGAUUUUGGCUUGUCGAAAAUGAUCGAUACCGAACAGACUUUCCUUAAGACGUUCUGUGGAACACUUCUGUACUGCGCUCCUGAAGUGUACAGCGAGUAUUCAUCUUAUGAUGAUAAUGGUAGACGAACCCAGAGAAAUAAUCAGAGACAGGUUGACAGGGAGAGAUACGAUCACGCGGUAGACAUAUGGUCUCUCGGGGGUGUUUUAUUCUAUGCUCUCACCGGCAGUCCACCUUUUCCUGUUAAGAACGGGGUCACAUACACGGAACUUCUCGACCAUAUCAUUAAGAUACCGCUUAACAUCACACCCUUAUCACGGGCCGGUAUAACCAGCAAUGGUAUUCACUUUCUACUAAGGAUGAUACAUGUAAGGCCAGAAACCAGGGCGACUGUUCUGGAACUACAAAAUCAUCCAUGGAUUGUAGGGGAAACUAGCUCUGUCAGCGUGGUCUCCGACGAUAAGGACUUGGGACAGGCGGCCUCGCAGCUUAGUCUCGACGACAGGCAAACGGCACAGUUUACCGACGAUGCCUUCAGGGAACCAGAGCCUGAUUUCUCUGUAGAAUACGAAUCCGAAAAAGAAAAUUAUACAUUUGGGCAACACCGCCCAAAUCGACUGUUUGGGGAAGUAAAUAAUUCGGUAUUGGGUAGUUCUGGUGCCAUCGGAGAGGAUCAUCUGAACCUCCCAGUCUCAGACACGAAUUUUAGAGAACCCGAUGCGCUUGAGACCGAGAUUCUCGAUAGUUUCGAGGAAUCCGAGAAUCUUUCUACUCCGAGGCAAAAAGGUCGCAUAAGUAACGAUGUCCUGUCACCUAGCAGAGACCCUCUGAGGAGUAAUUCAGAGAGUAUUAUACUAGGUGCACAUUCCCAAAGCCUUGGUGGUGCCUCGUCGAUUCUUGGAAACUUGAACGUGAAGUCGCUUGCCAAUGGUGACCUAAACCUCCGGUCCAGAACUGCCGACUUGACCACAAGUAAAAGAAAGCCCGCAUACGAUACUAGCGACGAAUAUGAAGCGGGCGAGACUUGGAUAAAGCCAUCAUUCAAGAGACUCAAAUCUUUAGGUGAUAUUGAUACUUCCGAGACUGAAGAGGAUGAGCUCCGCUUGCUCGCUUGCGUUCCCCAGGUUGUGAAGAACGAGUCGGGUCGCCAAAUUGACUAUCCACUACCUAAGACAACAUUUUGGGAUAGUUCAAAUAAGCACACGUGGCAUUUAGACUAUCCUGAAAUGACUCAUCUCCAGUUCAACGCAUUCGAGCUCGCUGCUCAGAAGAGGAAUGAAGAGUUUGGGCCGAGGAAAUCGCGCCUUUGGGACCUCGCAAUGAGGCACUUCCCACCCACGCACAACCGAAACCCUCCCAAGGAUGGAGGAAGGGUUCUGGUAUUACGACCAGCUCUACUUAAGCGAGAUAACCGGUUUGCUGAUGAGAUGCAUGGCUCGCCCAUGCCCCACAAGGCUUCGACUCUCGUCGAUGAUGAUUCUGAGUCGAUUCCAGAUACGCUACCACCAGAAACUCAAACCACACCACCAACGCAAGCCCCCGAGCUACCGCAGGCGGUCGCAGCAUUUUAUUCGACCGAAGGAUCAUUAGUGUCAGGAAUAUCAAUCCGUCUAAACGACCCCGUGAUGUCGUGGGGACGGGAUCCUAACAACACGGUUGUUUACGAGCCAGUCGUUGAGUCUAAGGUUCCUAAGAAUGCAUUCAGAAUAAUAUUAUGGAGAGACGGUUAUGCUGCUUCUUUGGGCGAUUUCCGUCCAUGGGAUCCGGCUCGCCCAACGAAUAACCGCACGAUGCGAGCUUCGCCUGAACCAGAUUCAUUCGCUUUUUAUAUAUCAACUAAGGCGACGAAUGGGAUACGAAUCAAUAACUAUCCUUUACAGGCCAAUGAGCCAAAGGAUAGCACGGCCGCUUGUAAAUACUGGAUGAAGCUGUACCACGGAGACACUAUAGUCUUCUGGGGAUCCGACAAUAUUCACAGUCAGGCAAAAGUUACAUUCGAAUGCUACUGGGGAGGGUCAUCGGGUCUUAGACCGGCAAAUGAGCUUCCGGCCUGUGUUCCUGAGGCUCAGGCCCGCAAGCUUGAUCGUCUCUGGCCUAAAGCUGUGACUACGCUUCACUAUGAUAGAAUCAAGGCUGAGGCACAGCGCGAUCAGGAAAUGAGGAUGCAAAGCAUGGACGAAGAAGUAGAACGCAGCCGGAUUUUCGAAAAUAAGCGUGUUGACGCGGUGAGGAUCCUUGCUUCGCGUGCUUCUCGCAUGUCUUCACCAGCUAGCUCAACUCCCUCAACGGUGAGAGCGAUGCCUCAAGCACUGCAUACUAUACCAUCAUCGGGCAGUAGCUCUCAAUCAGAGAUUUUAGGAUCGCAACAAGGAUACAACGACGUUGAUGAUGAGAUCUACCUGUCUGGAUCCAAUAGCAUCUAUAUCACUAAGACUAAGGGCGGAAGGCCUGCGUUGGCUCGCAAGAAGCAUGACAGGCUGCCAGAGGACUUUGGAUUCGAUCUUCUUGGCCAAAACAUGGGUAACUCAUCUCGCGCAGAUGUAGAGAAACGGGCUCGUCGCCACAGGAGCUUCUACUCUCAAGGUUCGGGAUUUGCUUCACCUUCAACUUCAAGCCAACCUCACACGCCACAAACUUCAUUCAAUAACAACAACCAAGCUCGCGGAUAUGGAGCCUCUCCAGCUGGGACAGUGCGUAAAAGUAGUCUUCGAUCUGCUUCAUUUUCUACUCCUGAACGUAUCUAUCGUGUCGAAGAGAGCCCGCGUAAUGGUAACACAUACCAUGACAAAGUGUCCGGAACAAGAGAUCCGAACCAGAUGCCUACGAACUCCAGUCUUCCAACACAGCAAAUCCCUAUGUGGUCUUCACCACAUACACCUGUUUCUCCGUUAUCACCGACUUCAUUUUGGAACAUGAAACCCAGUGGCAACGGCACACUGACCGUGGAGCCCAUGCAAGGUCCUUCGGCUGAUCUACCUACUAACCCUCGAGUAUAUAUCAAUACCCAACUCCCUGACUACGGUGGCCUUCGAAGUCUGGGACAGAGACACAGGCAGAGACAGUCUCCUGAUGUGGCACCAACCACUCAACAUGUACAACCCCCGGUAUACAUGGCUCCUCAGUCUACAGCAGUGAAUUCGUACUUUCAACCUCAUCAGUAUACUGCUUUGUAUCCAGAACCUAAGUCAUCUACUUUCCCAGUCUACGGAUCCAUGCAGAUCCCCUUUCCUGCUUUCCCGCUUUCACCAACAACACCCCCGGCAAAUUUAUCACCUGACGAGAGCAGCAAAGCAGCCUCAAGCAGCACUGCAAGGUUCAUCCCUAGCGAAGCUAAGGAGUUCGAGGAGCAUUAUAGUGCAACUAUGAAAUCUCAAGCACAAGGAACAAAAAUUGACGAAGGCAAGAAAGAAAAGGGAGCAAUAGCAAUAGAAGAAAUUAGCAAGUAUAUACAGCAUGUCCAUAUUUGCGGAGCUUGCGGGAAGAAGCGGUCUAGGGGAUAUCAACGAGCACAUCCGUUGAAGAGAGGCGAAAUACCGACCCGAGACUAUUGCCGUAAAUGUCUGCACCAUGCUCUCAAGGACAACGAUACUACAGAUGACGCUCUUAUGAGCAACAAUACCCGUGAAUCUCUACGCCAUACUGGCUACGAGACGGCUGACACGAUCCGCGAGGAUAAGCCAAUGGAUGCAAAGACCUGGCGUAGCCGUAAGCUGAAGAGAAGACCAGCACGCCUUAAUUUAGCACCGAUGAUCUCAUCCCAAAGAGCCACUCGAGCGGAUUAUACGGAGCUGCCCUUGUCAGUAUCCUCAGGAGAAGAGUCGGAUUUCAGCAUCUCACCACCUAUUCCUAUCCCAGGCCCUAAGGAAUAUCACCAUCGAAACAAGCGCGCGGUAUCAUCUCAUAAAGAACCCCGACACAAGGUCAAUAUCAAUAUAUCUACUUCUAAGCUUAAGACGUCUCGGGAUCGUCAAGUGAGUCCCUCGGGCGAGGAUGGCAGAUCUACUUUGAAGAAUGCUGCUCGUGCUAAGAGCUCCAACAUGACAGCCAAUAGCGAACUAAAGGGAACAGCAGAGACGAGCUCAGGACUUGGUCAACAUGAAGGCUCCGGCAGAGUCUAUGGCAGUAGUAUUGAGGUCUCAUCUCAAGCUACUGCCUCACCAAAGAGGCGUACCAGAGUUCCACGGCAGAAUGUUCCCAAAGCAGUUUCUGAGACGACUCCUAAGGUUUCCGCAGUGGGCAUUCCCACAUUAUCGGAAGCUGCUUCUCUAGAGGGUGAGGCCCAUGACAAAAUGUAUAAGAAUAUAAAUGACGAUUUCGAGCGUCUCAGCUUUUUCAAGGAAGUCCAGGAGUUCAAGAAAAACUACUCUAACCUUGAAAGCGAUAAUCCUCGUGAUAAGUGGCCAGCCCGCGAGGGUUAUGAUUCGGCUAAAGAAAACAAGCCUGUUCACAAUAGAGGACCUAAGAUUUACAGCCAUAGCCGAGAGCGACCGAACAUGGGCGCAAUGCCCGACUUUGAGCAACCCGACGGAAGUCUAGGAUUUCGUUGGCACGGAUAUUCUAGUCACGAACAAAUUGGUCGCUAUCAAGACAAACCUGAAGUACGUCAAGAAUUUCAAGGACAUAUAGGCCAUACAGCGGAAGCCGAGUCGGACACCCCGGAUACUCCCACAUGGCCGUCGACACCAACUUCGACGGACUUACCGUAUGGUAACGCGGCCUCUAUCCCGGUUUUCACGGACGACUACUGGGGAAGGGGUGAGGAAGAUGAGGACUGGGCCGAAAAUAGCGCACGAAACUUGGCCGAGGAAGAACUGGCAUCCGCCGGUAAGCUCUUUGACGACUUGGCAGGUGGUAACUGGGGUGAAUCUCGUACAUCCUCCUUUUUCGUUCCCACAUUUGUGACUCGCACUGAGAUCUCUGUAGAGUCUUUUCGUUCCAAUGAAGAGAAGAACGGUGCCACUGCUGAUACUUCAACCGUUACUUACCAACUAGCUGAGACUUCGGAAACGGGAGAGGAUGUCGACCGAAAUGGGUCGACAAGAACAUUUCGAACCUUCAAGCAGGAGAAUGGAGAUCGUAACCGCACCUGGAUGCCACCGUCGUACCACGAUAUCUGGCAACGACCUGAUCGAUCCGGCCGACAUGAGGCUUCAAGGAAGCAACAGAAGAAUACAAUGUAUCACUUCGAUGAGAGAGAAUCUGGCAGCUCAUUCGACCCGAUGCCCCCGGACCCAGCAUCCUCCAUGGCUGGCCAUACGGGACACUCAACGGAGAAUAUGCCGCCCAGCAUGUUUGACUACAACCAAUCUACUACCAGCGGAGGAUGGCAUAAUCACCUCUCGUCGCGACACUGA